CUUCUUUCGUUGUCGCACGAUCGUUUCUACCAGGUAUCAUCGAGUGUCUCUACCUUCUCAGGCACAUUUAUAGCUCCAUUUAACACGUCAUAUCAUAAUGAAGGUCUCUAGCCUUGCAUUUGCUGGUCUCGGUGGCCUCGUGGCCGCCGACGAGCUAGACAAAAGGUACAAGACUAAUGUUGAAGUCGAGUGUCAUGCAGAGACAGUCACUGUCUGGGGGAAUGGCAACGGGAAUGGACAGCAACAACACCACGCCACUUCAUCCAUAUGGACUGAGGGAGGUAGCGUGACGUCGGUCGACUACCAAUGGGCAGCAACGUCAACCUACUUGCCUUCAUCGGGUGUCUUCCAAAACCCAUACGCACCUAGCGAGAUGCUCACCGCUCCUGGACCUAUGUGGACGAACAUUGAAUACCCUAAAACCGUCGCCCAUGUAUGGCCCACAGGUCCUGGUGCUGAGAAGGAUGCCAUUGAAGUCGUUUUCAUUGAUACGUGGAUCGAGCACAAGGCCAAUGUAUACAUGAACGUGGAGCAAGGUUCUGUCAUUUCUACGAAGACUGAUGCGGUCACAUACACGCCUACUCCGCCUCCACCUCCAGCGCCUACAGGCGGCUCUCCUAUCCAGGCUGUAGGAACAAUCGCUCCCGGUUUACCAGCUCAACCGUCGGACCAGCCACAGGGCAAGACCAUCAACGUCGAGCUCAAGGCCGAGCAGAUCGAUGGUAAGACUGUCGUUCACUACGUUCCGGAUCGUGUAGAGGCUGCGAUUGGUGACGUUGUUCUCUUUCACUUCAAGCGUGCUGCCCACUCCGUCACUCAAUCGACCUUCGAUACCCCCUGUACUCCCCUCAAGAACGGCGAUAUUAACGUUUUUGACACCGACCUCAUUCCGAAUCCGGAUAACGCAGAAGGCGAGACGUUCCAGCGAGCAUUCGUGGUACAUGACACAGCACCCAAGUGGUUCUACUGCAAGCAGCAGAAUGCCAAUCACUGCGGUCAAGGUAUGGUAUUCGGCAUCAAUCCCAAGGAUAAGAUGGAUGCCUUCAUACAGAAGGCUAAGGAUCAAAAUGGCUCCAAAGUUUCUCUGCCUGUUCCUGCAUCCGCAACUCCGGAACCCACUGCUGCCUCCACCGUUGUCUCGUCUGUUGCCACGGAGACAGCAGCAUCUUCUGCGGUCGUCGAAACUCCCUCUGCCAUUAACACCGGUGGUCAUGCAAGCUCGACUGUCAUUGUGCGUGGUAACGGCCAAGACAUCCCUUUCCAAUACACGCCGCCAUUCGUACAAGGCCUCAAGGCCGGCGACGAGCUCAUAUUCGACUUCCGCGCCCGCAACCACACCCUCACAGAAUCCUCCCUUGCAGAUCCUUGCAAGCGUAAAGAAGGAGGCGUUGACACCUUGUUCGCCAAUUUCAAUCCUGACAACCAAGCUGGGAAGUUCCUUUUCACCCUGAAGAUUGAGUCCGACCAGGCACGCUACUUUUACUGCAAACAAGGCAAUGGAGGUGCCAAUGGUCACUGCAAGGCUGGCAUGGUGUUUGGCGUUAAUAUUGAUCAGGGUGUGUUCGAUACGUUUGUGCAGAAUGCGAAGAACACUCCCCUGUCUGCGAAGUUCAGAUGAUAGAGGUUUUGUGGUACGUUAAGAUGUGUCAUGGUUAUAUGUAAAUAGAUGACGAGCGAUGCGUCGGAAGUAGAUUUGCAUUCUGUUGGAGUUGGAGAGCAGCGAUUUUGAACCUUUUACGUAGUGA